GGAAAAGAUAACUUUUGGAGUGAUUAUUUUGUAUUAUAUUUUCGUUGACUGAUGAGAUCACUUGUAUAUGUUUUUGUUUUUUUAAGAUUGUAAAGAUAUGAUUGGAAAAGCUUUGAUUCUCAUGGGAGAAAUUGGAGGGAAUGAUUAUAAUUUCCCAUUCUUCCAAGGCAAACCUGUUGAGGAAGUCGAAGAGCUGGUUCCGCUAGUAAUCAACACUAUUUCUUCUGCAAUCACGGAGUUGAUUGGUAUGGGGGGAAGAACCUUUCUAGUUCCGGGAGAGUUCCCUAUCGGAUGCUCAGUGAUCUAUUUGACAUUAUAUCAGACAUCAAACAAGGAUGAUCCAUUAACAGGAUGUUUAAAAUGGUUGAAUAAGUUUGGAGAAUACCACGACGAGCAGCUUCAGGCAGAACUCAACAGACUCAAGAAGCUCAACCCUCAUGUCAAUAUCAUAUACGCUGACUACUACAACGCUCUGUUGCGUCUUUUCCAAGAACCAACUAAAUUCGGGUUCGGAAACAGACCUUUCCCCGCUUGUUGUGGUAUAGGAGGAGCGUACAACUUCAGCCUCAAUAGAAAUUGUGGGAGUGUCGGAGUAGAAUCGUGUGAUGACCCUUCAAAGUAUGUGGGCUGGGACGGUGUUCAUAUGACUGAGGCUGCAUACAAAUUGAUAGCUGACGGAAUACUCCAGGGACCGUAUGCGAUUCCUCCUUUCAAUUGGUCUUGCCUCAGCUCUGAGACUAACAAGAAAUCAUUAGACACAGAUUAUUCUUUAAUGAACGUUGAUACAACCUUGUCUAAAACUUUGAGACAAGAGUGAUAAUGAGAAUAAGAUAUAUCUACUUAAUUGCUUGUUCUGGAUCUUGCAUUGUAAUUGUAUAUAUAGAUUGUGUUGUUGGUUGAGAGAGAGUGGUUCAAAUGUUACUAGCUAAAUCAUGUGUAUCUUUAGAGAGAUGUUGGUCACU